GGUUGAUUUUACUUGCUGGAGACAGCCUGUCAUCAACAAAGGACGGCCCUUUCUCUCUCUACCUUACGUUCCUUCACUCUCUCUCUCUCUUCUCUCCUCCUUCCUCUUCUGAGUUCUCUGUUUCUCUCUCUCUCAUAGGGUUUCGAGUUACCUACUUUCGCACUCAGAUUUCGUCAGCGAAGUUCGGGGUCGGAUCCAUCGUAAGCUCUCUUCUGAUCUGUUUUUUUCUCUCAUUCAGUUAUAAUUGAUUUGUUUUGGAUGCAAUAUAAUCUCAAAGCAUUAAUCAAGAGUGUUAACAUUCAUUUGCAUGAGAUGAAAUCAUUAGUAAAUUUGGUUUCCUUUGGAAAAAAUCGGCUUUAUGUGUUGGCAGUUCAACACAAUGUCUGAAGAAGGGCAAACUCUGCAACUUACAUGGUUGAUUUGGUUCACUCAGUAAUACGCACAUCCACAUCAAGAACUGGUUGUGCCUAUUUCCAUGAACUUAUUACGAAACAUUUAGCUACAAAAAGAAGAUUGCGUACUCAUGCUGGCAGAGAGCAUGCGUGGAAUCUGUACUUUUGGUAAUGCCCCUGAAAAAUAUUGUUGCUGAUUCACUGGGCGUGUUGACAAUCUGCCUUGUAGGUCUUCUGGUCCUUCUCGGCUUGUUCUGCAUAAUCUAUUCAUUCUAUUUCCACAGGCAAAUUCAUAACCAAGGUUAUAUUGAGCUAGGUUACUUUAGCGGCCCUUGGAUUGUCCGAAUCACCUUUAUCCUAUUCGUUAUCUGGUGGGGCUUUGGUGAGAUUGUUCGGCUGAAUUUUCUAAGAGGGGAAGGUAGAAUAUUGAAUUCUGUCGACAUAAAAUGGCAAGAAGACGUUUGCAAAGGUUAUAUAAUUUCGAAUCUGGGACUAGCAGAACCUUGUCUGUUCCUGACACUUGCAUUUCUUCUACGAGCAUCGUUGCAGAAGAGAUCUGCAGAUUUGGGAAGUUUGAGCCGAAAAUGGAAUGGGAAGACCGCAGGCUUGGUUGUUUUAUACUGCUUUCCACUCUUUGUUCUUCAGCUGACAGUUGUAUUGAUUGGAAUGAAGAAGUUAAAAGACAGGGUAAUUUUACCCCCUCAGUACACCCUUGCCAAUAUAAAUAGGCGAGGGAAUAACGAUACAAUUGUUGCCCUCUGCACUUACCCUUUGCUGAGUAUCGUUUUAAUGGGAGUAUUCGGCGUGAUACUGACGGCGUACUUUGUGUGGACGGGAAGGAGAAUUGUGAAACGGGUGAUAAAUAAGGGACUGAGGAAGAGAGUUUACACGUUGAUAGUGUCGAUUUCGAGUUUGUUUCCGUUGAGGAUAUUGUUUCUGGGUCUGUCUGUUGCUGUUUCGAAACCGGAAGAGCCUUUGUUUGAAGCAUUAUCUUUCUUGGGUUUUCUGUCUCUUGUUGUCUGUGCUGUGGUGAAUAUGUUGUUGCUGGUUUAUUACCCAAUUGCAGAUUCUUUAGCAUUGAGGAAGAGGAGUGGAGGGGGUAUGCAGGAGGAGGAUAUAGAAUCGCUAAUUGCUAACCAAAGGACGAGACCCGAGGAUGGAGAACUUGGAAGGAGGAUCUGUAAUAGUAAGAAUAGUUAUAGUAAUAGUAGUAGUAGCUCAUCAGCAGUAUAUGUAAAGGAAUUGGAAGAAGAUGAAUCAAUUUCAUUUUGUGCAAGAGAGGAAGAAGGAGAAGAAGAAGUUGGAUGUGCAUUUGUGGAAUUGAGUCUUUUCUGUCCAAGUGGACAUGCAAGCCCACUUGGGUCUCCUCAACUUAUAGGUUGGCCAAUUCUUCCUUCUACUGCUAUUACACCAAUUCAUGGAUCAUAAACAAAUGCUGCUAAGGGUUCUAUGUAAAGCUUGUUUUAGGUCUUAAUAAGGGUUGGUUGGUUGGUUGGUUGCAAUUUUUUUAUUUUGAUUUUUGUGUUGUUGGAGACUUGAAAAAUAUGUAUUUUUGCAUGCAUCCCCCCCUCCCACCUGAAUUUUUUUUGGUGGAACUCUUAAUUGGUAUGUACUUUUAUUUUUCAUUUCUAUAACCAUAUAUUUCAAUAGAAAAGUGUGGCCUCAUUUCUUCA